AUGGAAAAAAGCGAUGCUGAAUCUCCAGUUGCAUUGGCAAAAUCAAAACCGACGAGUCCCGACGAAAAAGCACCAGAUUCAUCGGAUAAUACAACUCCAUUAAGAAGAGUUGGACGACCGAAAGGAAAAAAAAGAAAAAAGAUUUCUAAAGAUGCUGAAGAUCCUCAAAAACCAUUAAAUGCUUACAACUGGUUUGUAAAAGAAAAUAGAGAAAAAAUAAGAGCACAAAAUCCAACAUGGAAUUUCACAGAGAUUACAAAAAAAUUAGCACAAGAUUGGAAAUCGUUAAGCUGUGAAGAAAAGCAACAAUAUAUAGAUUCGGCAGAAAACGAUAAAGAAAGAUAUGCUAAAGAAUUAACAGCAUAUAAGCAAACUGAUGCGUAUAAAGCAUUUAAAAAAAGUCAAAAGAGAAAGGAAAGUUGUAAAAAGUUGAAGGAAAACAUACCAAGUUGUACAUUAGAUGACAUAAAUCAAAUAAAAGAUGAUGGUACGAGUUUAGAUAUACCGAUAUUCACCGAAGAAUUUUUAGAUCAUAAUAAAUUAAGAGAAGCGGAAUUGAGACAAUUGAGAAAAUCAAACACUGAUUAUGAACAACAAAAUUCAAUAUUAGAAAAAUUAAUUGAAAAUACAAAAUCUGCUAUACACAAAUUAGAAGAAGAAACAGUGCAACAAAAGUGUCAAAAUCAAACACUUCAACAACAUUUAGAUCAAAUGAGAUUGAUUCUCACGAAUGGUUUUAAAGAAAUAUCGCUGCCAGGUAACGAUGAUGAAAAACCAACACUCGAAACAAUAGAUUCUUAUGUGACUAAACUUCACCAAUUAUUACUCACACAAAAUAUGAAUUCUCCAUUAUAUGUUAGAGUGAGAGAAGUUGUUCAGCAAUUAAAUUUACAUGGAUGA